GAUCAAUCACCAUGACCAUACAGCCCGCCUGUCUCUCUACACCUCGCGUGCAAGAGGCGGAAAGCCAUCCUAUCCUAUCCUAUCCUAUUCAUUUUCUCCUUGACAGGCAAAUUAACACCUUUAUUUUCUUUGACGCACUUGUAUGUUGCCCCCAUUUCUUCACUCCAUUGAAUUUGGUGUUGUAUUUGUAUUCUUUUCCGACGGACUUGUGGCUGUAUGCUAUGAUGUAUAGUAUUGUUUACCUGCUCUGGGUGUAAACUAGUAGAGUAUUGUCUACGAUCCUGUCGAGCACAUCAUUUGAUGCAUGUAGUUGUUUCUUUUUAUUAAAAAGCUCGUCGAUACUCGAUAUUAUCGAUAACCUCUCUACCAGCGCUGAGCAGCUGCACCUCCAGGUGGACCACGUUUUGCUCUCGCGUCUUCCUGAACCGCGCUUGGUGAGCGUUGGCUACAACUUGUUGCCAAAAAUCAAAGCGUCGUUAAAGUGCUGACCAAAGGCCCAAACAGUCGUUGGCGACGUCUUGCUGACCGUCGUCGAGCACCUCCUCGUCCAGAGACAUUAUAUGUCUAGACGCACCUCGUCCUCCAGAACCACUUCUAUGCAAGAACGAGAACAACGAAGAGAGGACACUAUUUGUUGAAAACUUGAAGGAAGCUGUUCGUUGUAGAAAGAAGAAAAAAUGGCGAAGUGGAGUGGUAAGAAUAAGCUUGGCAACUUGAGGGAGGAUGAUGAGGAGUCUUCGCUUUUGUUGGCACGUGGAGAAGGGUCCUCCCCGUUUGGAAGGCCUAACCCUGGCGCUGGAGUUGGGAUAUCCAAAAUCAUGAAAGUCCUUUACGACAUAGAGGAGGAUUUGAAAGGGUACUUCUUCAUCUACUUGCGGUCGUUUAUUUAGGGCAGAGUAGUUUAUAGCACGCAUGGUGCAUGGAGUAGCAUGGAGUGCAGAGCUUUAAGGGGCGCAAGAAGCUCCUCCUUUUGCUCCAUGCUCCUCCAUGUGAUCCAUGCACUCCAUGCCAUCCGAGCUGUGAAACCUUAUAAAUUGCUCUGUUAUGGAAUCAUUCCACGAUAUGCGGUCGUUCAUUUAUGGAAUCAUUCCGCGAUAUUAUUACGUAGAAGACAAGGAGGAUUUGAAGUAUCUCAUAGUUCCGCAUUUUUCUGGGAUCUUGCGAUGAUCUCAGAAUGGGUCUGGUUUAUACUAUGAAAGGGUAUAGAUGAGGAUUUGAAAGGGUACAACGACAACUUGAUGGUUUGUCGUGUUUUCACGAUAUAGAAGAGGGCAAAUGCAUACACUCCUUUUGUGGAUGUUGAACUCCAAGACGUGACACCUUAUUCAUUACACAACUUAGUAGUUUGCCGAGCUUUAAUGCUUAUGUUGAUCUUCUCUUGUUUGAAAGGGCACUUCUACUUCAAGUAUGCUUUUGCUUCUGUGUGCUCCUUGCUGGAGAUGGCUCGAUUGUAUUUCCACCAGGUACCUCGAAGAUCUCGGAACAACGGCCCAUAAUAUAGACGUGCUGUCAACAGAAGUAAGAGCUGCGAUGACUAGUCAGGAACAGCAGGGCGCAGUGGAUAAAAUGAAGCUCCACAUGGAUCAAAGCAAAGGGUACUUCUCAAACUUGUUCUUCUCAAACUUGUUCGUUCAUCUUCAAUCUCCGUGCUCUCAUCUUGAUACCAGGAGCAAGAUGAAUCUCUACAACUCUUUUUCUCAUCUUGAUACCAGCAAGAUAAAUCUCUACAACUCUACUUUUUCUCCUCUUGAUACCAGCAAGAUAAAUCUCUACAUCUCUUUUUCUCCUCUUGAUACCAAGAUCAAGAUGAAUCUCUACAACUCUACUUUUUCUCCUGAACAGGUACAAUGCCAAAGUGAAAGCGUGCUUGGACGAUCUGGAAAACCUGAAUGGGAAGAAAUCGACUUCGCUGACGAAGCAAGAGAAGGAUUUUUGCGAUACACUGCUGAUGGAGAUGAGUCAGCUCUUCCACCAAAGAGUUAAGGCACUGCUGACGGCUCAAGGUACACACUCUACAGAGAAUCAGAAUGUCGUGAUAAGUAAUCUAGUACGACCAGUUGUUACAAGAAGCAAGAACUCCUUUUGUAGUAAGUCUUUGUUUCCUCUCUUAGUCUUACAAGAACACCCUCUCCCCUCCCCUCCCGCGACCACAGGUAACUUCGACACCGCUAUCAAAGGCAGACUGAAAAAGCAAUUGCAGACGAUGUAUCCGGAAGCAUCAAAACAAGAUGUGGAAGAACUUUUGGGCAAGAAUCAGAAGGAGUUGGAACAAAUGCUCCAGAAGGGACAUGCAGAAACAGAUGACGCUUCCGUAUUCUCUUUGUUUGACAUGCUGCUGGUGCAGCUGUAGUUCUAGUUGUAGACCUUCUUGAAAUGUUCUUGUUUGAUGUUCUUAGUAGUAGAAGAUGUCUUCUUCUGAUGGGAGGUGGACGACACAGACAAUCAUGAGAAAAAACCUGUUUUGGUAAUUUAAUAUUCUUUUUUAGCUUCUCAUCUGCCUCUUAGUCUUACUUCUUCUACAACUUGUUUCUCUUUCCAGCUGGUCCUCCAAACACAGAAACUCCCCCAAACAACUCCACUACAACAGCUUCGAGAGCAGUUGCAGAAUUUGCAAGGUGAUCACGAUGCGAUCAUGGAAUUAGAGCAGAAUGUGAUCGAGCUUGGCGAGCUCUUCAAUUACCUAUCUGCAUUAGUCGACAAGCAAACCGCAACGCUGAAAACUAUAGAAGAACACGUACUACUUACUUAUAAUAUACUUUCUUAGAGUUUUUUGUGAGGAUGAUCUUUUUCUUUGUGUUUGGGUAGCCGUUAGCAUUAGCUUUGUUGCGCGUGUGGUUGUGCAGCAGCAUGGUGGACUACAUCCUACAGGUAAAUUCAACGGAUCAUUUCGUGGGUGAAGGCGUGGUCAAGUUGGAGCAGGCAGAACAGCACCAAGCCAGUUACGAGUGGAAAAGACAAUGCUUGAAGAGCAUUUGCGUGACCGCAAUAAUAGUUGGAGUCGUGGUAGGUGGCGUGCUCCUAUAUAUCUGCGUCAUAAAGCCGCUCUGUAUAGACAAAGGACGAUAAAAAUACCUUUUUGUCAUUGUUGGUUGGUUUUUACUUCUUUUUGUAGAAGCACCAGCAUCGACAUGAUAGACUUAAAUUAAAAAAAGCUCCUAAAUAAGCCAGAAAAUCAUGACACGUGGUAAACGUUAACGUAUGGAUUUCCAAAGACUGACAUGUUUAGCAUAGCAUAACAUCAUCUCAUAAUAUUGAAUUAUUGUUGAAUACAUCAAGCUCAAACUCGAACAGGAGCAAGAGUGAGAAUAUUGAGAAUCAUUGUCGAAUACAUCAUCAGCAUCAACACACAGGGAAAACAUAAUAGAAAGAGUGAACAUGAACAUCAACUACAUUGGGAAACAUCUUCAAGUUCAAUAGUUGAAUCUAGACACAACUAAAUAUUGAAUCAGUGUUGAAAAAAUCAAACUUCACAAGGAAGUGCAACCUGUAACUUGUCCAUUGAAACGGAAAUCCGAGAACUCUGGACGGUCUCCACGCACGAACAUACCAAGUAGUAUUCAUGGAAGGAAGUUCAGGUUGUAUACUUCUAGCUGAUGCAAUUGAUUUUAUUGGGAAACUAUACAAACAUAGCUAUGACUUCUACUUGAAGGAAGCUGUUCGUUGUACAAGAGCUAUUGGGAAAAGACAUGAUAUCAAGAAAGAAUAUUCAAAGUUGUACAAGAAAGAAUAUGAACCUCGUUGGGAAAAAUGGGAAAUACGAAAGCAAAAUUGACGCAUUAGUAUCAUUCAAAAUCAAUGCUGG